AUAAGAUCCAGUUGUUAGUUAUCAACUUAAAUUUUCAAUCCUUUUUUUUUGAAAUGGUUCAAUGUCAUCGUUUAUAGAAAGAUCCAAAAUUUAGCUUAUGACUAGACGGUGAACCUCCCCAGCGAUAUGCUUGCUAUCUCCGCAUCUUGAUUUUCAACCGAACUACAAUUACGUGAAUCCAAACGCCUCCUUAGGUAAACCUUUUGCAAACUAGCUAACAUGACCAGCACCACAAAGCUCAAUAUGAAGCUCCUGGUCGACACCAAAGCCAACAAAGUUCUUUUUGCCGAAGCUGGAAAAGACGUAGUUGACUUCUUAUUCAGCCUUCUUGCGCUUCCGGUCGGGACCAUCAUAAAGCUUAUGACAAAGGAAUCCAUGUUCGGAAGUGUCGGGAACAUACAUCAAAGCUUAGAGAGACUCGAGUGCACCUACCUCCUCUCCAACCAAACCAAGGUCGACCUCCUCAACCCAAAGGUAUUGGUCCCAUCUUUCUCAGCAAAUGGCGUAUUCCUCUUGUCCACUUCUGCAUCGUCGUCGUCGAUGCAUACGAAUAAAAGGUACUAUCGGUGUUCAAAUAGCUAUUACUCGAACUGCGGCAAAAACUAUGUUACGGAUGUUAGUGGGACUACAUGUCCUUUGUGCAAGCAAAGCAUGACAAAAGAGGUGCAAUAUGUUGAGCCCAACUCGAGAGGAGCAGUAAAGGUUGAGAAUAAUAAUGGGGAAAAUGGCUUAGGAGUUGUGAAGGGUGUGGUUACAUAUACCAUAAUGGAUGAUCUCACUAUCACGCCCAUGUCAACUAUAUCAAGUAUCACACUGCUUAACACCUGUAAUGUAAAGGAUUUGAGCGUGCUCCAGGAGAAGAACGUGAAGCUCGGCAUGGAAGAGGGGUUGCAGCUGCUGAAGGCAUCUCUGCAGUCUAAGACUGUUCUUACCGACCUAUUUCUCACGAAGAGAAUGCGAAAAAGAAGCUCGACCUGACACAGAAUGCUCCAGGUGAAUGCUAGGUAGUUUUUGGUGGCUAGUAAUGCAGGUUUUUGUUCUAGUUUCUUUUGUGUCGAUCGACCUACUUCUGAUAUGUAGUGUUUUAUGAUCACUUCAACUCUACUUAGGGUAGUUAAUAAUGUAAUUAGAGAUGUAUGCAUUUAGAAAUACAGUAGGUACGUUUGCAUUUUACGCAUUUGGCGGUAUGUUUGCAGGGGUGCUGCAACUACAAUAAUUUUGUUAAAUUGCCUGCAGUUUAAGGUGCAUUUAAAGAUCAUAUUAUCUUGGGUAAACUUCAAUUAGCCCCUAUGUGGUUUAGCAUAUUUUUAUUUUGCCAUGUGUCCUUUGAAAAGUUUUCACUUUGCUAUUUUGUGAUUUUGUCUAUGUUUCACUGUA